AUGACAGUCGACAACCUCAUCAAAACCGAUUUGUUGAUUGUCGGAGCUGGCCCAGCUGGGGCCUCGCUUGCCUGUUUCCUUGCCGCUCAUGGUAUAAAUGGCAUCCUAAUUGCCAGCGCGCCGGGGACGGCAGAGACACCACGUGCCCAUAUCACUAACAUGGCUGGAUUAGAAUGCCUUAGGGAUAUUGGCCUCGAGCAAGAGUGUCUCGAUAUUGCCACGCCUAGCCACAACAUGUCUCAUACAAGGUGGUGUCGUAGUAUGGCGGGAGACGAAUUCGCAAGAGUCUAUUCUUGGGGCUAUGACCCGAAGUACAAGGCAAGUCCAGGGAGCUAUGAAGCGGCCAGUCCCUGCGAACAUGUAGACCUACCCCAGACACUGCUCGAGCCAAUAUUGACCAAGAGAGCAAUCCACAAAGGGUGGUCAGUUCGGUUCAGCACUCGACUUCUUCACCUCAACCAACCGUCACCAGACAUGGUGAUCUCGGAAGUCAUGGACGACUUGACUCAAGCAACGUACAAAAUUCAAUCUCGAUACGUUUUCGGCUGCGAUGGUGCGCGGAGCCAAGUUGUACGAGAGUUGGGCAUCCCACUCAUUAAAAAGCCUGGCCAGGGGUUGGCGUUGAACGUAUUGGUGAGGGCGGAUCUGACCCAUCUCAUUGCGAACCGGAUUGGCAACCUCCACUGGGUCUUCCGUCCCGAGGAAAUGAACGCACCACCAUGGGCGUGGGCCGCGAUUGUGCGUAUGGUACGGCCGUGGAACGAGUGGAUGUUCAUUUUUCUCCCUGUGCCCGGUGCUGAUCUCACUGCCGACGCCAUGGACGCGAGUCACGAUGAGUACUUGAGUCGGGUAAAGGAAGUUAUUGGCGACGACUCGGUCCAGCCCGAAAUUCUACACGUUGGAAAAUGGUGGAUCAAUGAAACGGUAGCCGAAUACUAUUCCGACGGCAACGUAUUUUGCUUUGGAGAUUCAACACACCGACACCCGCCGUUCAAUGGGUUAGGUUCCAAUACCUGCAUCCAGGAUGCAUUCAACCUCGCGUGGAAAAUCGAUUAUGUUAUGUCGGGCAAGGCGGGUUCGAGACUCCUCGAGUCAUUCAGCAAGGAACGGCAACCCGUGGGCGUCGACAUUAUCACCCGUGCCAACCAGGGUCUUCGAGACCAUAUCCACUGGCAAAAGACCAUCGGCAUGUUGGAACCCGAUCGGAUGAAGCGCCUCGAAAUCCUAGCAGAGUUUGAUGACCUCGGUGAGAAGGGUAAGCGCCGUAGGAAGGAAUUCCAAACGGCCAUCGAAACCACAAAAACCGAGUUUCACGGCCUAGGAAUCGAAAUGAACCAGCGCUAUAUCUCGGACGCUGUGUAUCUCGUAGACCAAGGCCCGCAGCCAGAACUACCCGAAGGGGCCUGCGAAGUCAAAACACACCAUAUCACCACAUACCCCGGUCGUCGCUUGCCGCAUGUUUGGGUCAACACGCGGGCCCCAGGGCGGCCGAUCUCAACCAUUGACUUGGCUGGCCAUGGCCGGUUCUGUCUGUUAACCGGUCCUGGAGGGCAGGCAUGGAAAGAAGCAGCCCAGGAGGCGGCCAAAGUCACCGGCGUUGAGAUUGCCAGUUACUCCAUCGGGUGGAAGCAGGACUACGAGGAUGUUUACUUUGACUGGGCUCACAAGCGCGAGGUUGACGAAGAUGGAUGCAUUUUGGUCCGUCCCGAUCGAUUCGUGGCGUGGAGGUCAAUCCUGAUGGUUACGGACCCAGGGACGAAACUGCUUCAAGUUUUGAAAAGCAUACUGAGCUUGUGA